AGUAUUUCCACUGUAUGUGUGUAUGUCCAUAGUCGGUAUAGCCUAGCAACCUUUAAAUCGACACGAGUUACGAAUUUCCUUUUCGCACGUGUAUCGUUUGAUGUUUUUCAGUACAGAUGGCCUGAAGUUUCAACUUCUUUCGACCCGAUAAGAAAUAAACCACUUUGCGCACUAGUAAGGUCAAAAAACAACAUCUGCACUGAAAAGUCCUCUUAUAUAUUCCUUAUACAUAUGUACUAUAAUUACCUAAGAAAGUGAGGUAUGAAAAAAAAAAAAGUCUACCCUGUAAUGGCUGUAACGCCAAGAUUCGCAGCUUAACCAAAUAUUUUUCAGCACCUCAUUUGCAAAUAAUUUACGAAAUGUACACACAGAGACAGACAGUAAACAAGUACUAAUAAUAGUAAUUACAAUUAAGCUUAAAUUGCAUAAGUCUAAGCCAGUUGCAUAGUAAAAUAGAGUUAACUAAGUAAUUGUAUGAACUCCAAAUCUAGUCCCUCACAGCCAGUCGCUCGCGGCCCGGCAUAAUAGACGCACGUCAAAGACUGAAAAAAAAAACUUUAAAAAAUUGGCGGUCGGCGUUGUGUGUGUGUGAGUGUUGUAUGGUGUGAAUAAAUUGGAUAUUUAUUUAUUUCGUUGUGUUGACCAAUGCAAUAACGCACAAUGACGGACCUGGGUCUGAAGCUGCCCACGCGCAACGUGCUCACUGGCGCCAUCGUGAACUGGGAGGAGGACGAGGAACUAUCGACGCUUAGCGACAACCCAGGCAACUUGACUUUAGCAUGGAAGGACCUGUCAGUCUACAGGAGAAAAAAACAUCAGACCAGUAUCUGGUCUUCGCCGAUAUAUGAAGAAGUCAAGGUGUUACAUGGAGUUAGCGGCGUGCUGACUUCCGGAAACUUAGUAGCUUUAAUGGGCUCCAGUGGAGCCGGCAAAACAACACUCCUAGCGGCGAUAAGUCGUCGUGACAAGAGUGCUAUGACAGGUUACCUGAUGCUGAACGGAAGACUGGCGGGGGCUGACCUAAUAGCUAAGAUAUCCGGCUUCGUACCUCAGGAGGACUUGGCUAUUGACGACCUUACUGUCAUUGAACACAUGGAAUUUAUGGCUCGCCUUAUGAUGGACAAGCGAUCGUCGUCAGCAGUUCGGACCAGAAGAAUUCAUCAACUGCUUGAAGAGUUGGGGGUCGUCAACUGCAACAGAACCAAGUUGAAGGCACUUUCAGGGGGAGAGAGAAAACGAGUCGCCUUGGCUGUGCAGCUUCUAAACGAUCCGCCCAUCCUCUUCUGCGAUGAGCCAACCACGGGCCUCGACAGCUGGGCAGCCAACGCCGUAGUAGCCAGACUACGAAGGCUGGCCGCUGGCGGGAAGUUGGUCAUAUGUUCCGUGCACCAACCUGCUUCGGGAACCUUCGAAUUGUUCCACCAAGUUGUGCUACUGGCUGCAGGAAGAACGGCGUUCUAUGGGACGAUUGAGCAGGCUGAUCACUUCUUUGCUUCGUUAGGCUACAAAUGCCCCGUCGGCUUUAACGCGGCAGAAUACUACGUCUCUCUGCUCGGCAUCCAACUGGACAAAGAGUUCGAAAGCCGGGACCGGAUUAGGAAGAUCUGUGACGAAUACCAGAGGUCGGACAUCGCGGCGGAGAUAGAUGCUAAAGUUGGAGAUGUUACGGAUGAAUUAGACUAUUUUAAUGGGACUUUAGAUGGAAAGAAUGAAUAUUUCGACAGAUACGUCACUCUAGUCAAAGUAAACUACUUCGUUCAGUUCUACUGGCUGAUGUGGAGGAACAUACAAACAAUAAAGCACAACAGUUCAAUAUGGAUAGCAGAAUUUGUACUUCUCUUGUUCGUCGGCCUAAUCAUAUCCAUUCCCUACAUGGGCCAUUUCGAGGAGCUGGACCAGCGCGACAUUCAAAACGUCGAGGGCCUAUUAUACCUCACCAUCACUGAAACCAUCUUCCUCUUCAUCUACGCUGUCUUCAUCACGUUCCCCAGUGAAGUGCCCAUCCUGCUCAGAGAAACUGCUAGUGGACUUUAUUCACCAACUCCGUAUUAUCUUUCGAAGAUGAUAUUUUGGAUACCCCGCGCUGUGAUCGAGCCAACGCUUUUCGCGUCGCUCGUCUUCUGCGUAGCGGGUCUCCAUGGAGGGUUCAUGGGCUGGCUGGGAUUCUGCUUCGUCUGCGUUCUCUGUGCCAACUAUGCUAACGCUUAUGGUUCCUUCCUCUCAGCCGUCUUCGACAAGAUGGAGACCGCCGCGUUAGUCGCCGUCCCCUUCGACUUAAUCGGCACCAUGUUCUCCGGUAUCUACCUCAACCUCGGCAGCGCCUCCCCCUACUUCUCCUGGCUACGAUUCGUCUCCGGUUUCUACUACGGCGUCGAAUCCAUCUCCAUCCUCCAAUGGGACUCCAUUGAAUCCAUUACUUGUGUCAACAUCCCUGGUAUUCCUUGCAUUAAGACUGGCCCAGAAGUCUUGAAUAGAUUCGGGUUCGAAGAAGCUAACUUCUGGAGGAACUGUGUGUGUUUGUGUUUGAUGUAUUGUAUAGCCCAUUUUAUAGCUUAUCUUAUGGUUAUUAAGAGGAGUAGGGGCACACCUGUGUAUUAGUUUAGAUAUUUAAUGGUAUUUGUGUUUUCGAAUGAAUGUUGUUGGUGUUUUUAGCAGUUGGUCUAAAUUGCCAUGUUGUCAAGGUUUUUUGAAAGAUCUGCGUGCGUCGCCGAAUGGUAUUUCUACGACGCGAAAUGAAAAUGAAACGCCGCGAAAGGUAGUCAGACUCGGUCGCGCCAAUACGCAAGAGCGAUAGAGAUAGAUAUCUACGAGCGUUUCGUUUCGUGAGCGUUUCGUGAGCAUUUGUGCCAUUCGGCUACGUACCCUGAAGAUUUAAGUACUACAUAUAUGUCUACAUAAUAGUGACUUAACGUAUCUAUAUAUAGUGGCAAUGGAUAAGAGAUACCUAGUAAAACAUAAAUGUGUUAGUGUAAUAAAAGUUGCAGCUAACAAAGCCUUUUGCUUUUUUUUACUUUUGCUUUUUUAAGCUUUUUUUUUUUUUACUUUUGUUUUAUUACCUAACCGUAACUUUAACACUAUAAAAUGUACCUUUAUAUUAUAAUAGUUUAGUAGGUAUAUAGUAUGAAAGAAGCCCCAUUUAUUUUUUUACGACUAAUCUAAUUUAUAUUACCGUUAAGUUAUCCUUUCCUCAUAAUCUUACGGUUCAUGUAUUAAAUUUUGAUGAGUUUAGUACUAAUAGUAUAUGUAUUUUUAUGCCUUUUAUUGUUCUAUAUCGAAGGAACUGUUACGAUUUAAGUAUGAGAAAAUAUCAUUUAUAAUGAUAUCGAAUAAUAUGUGGUCCAUGACUCUUUCUUAAUACACCUUUACCUCAUAUGUGUAUAUACGUUUUACUCUACUAUAAGAAUACCUUUUUUUUUAUACUACGUCGGUGGCAAACAAGCAUACGGCCCGCCUGAUGGAAAGGUGUCACCGUAAACCGUAACCCACGGACGCCUGCAACUCAAACAGUGUCACAUGCGCGUUGCCACCCCAUUAGAAACUUGUACAUUCCCUUUUGCUGUGUUAAGUACACAGCAAAAAGGAGUGUACAAGUUCUAAGAAGGGUUCGGG